GGUCUCCGUCAAAUCUCAUCUCCUCUGCCUACAAAAACCCAUCUCCAAUUCACCCUGCUCUGUCCAAACCUCACCCUCUUUGCCACGUUUUCUUGAAUCCAAGAAAAUGAGGGAAAUUCUCCACAUCCAGGCGGGACAAUGCGGGAACCAAAUCGGAGCGAAGUUCUGGGAGGUGGUGUGCGAGGAGCACGGCAUCGACGCCGCCGGAAACUACACCGGAAACUCCCACAUGCAGUUGGAGAGGGUGAACGUGUACUACAACGAGGCGAGCGGGGGAAGAUACGUGCCGCGGGCGGUGCUCAUGGACCUUGAGCCGGGAACCAUGGAUAGCCUGAGGACCGGUCCCUACGGGAAAAUCUUCAGGCCGGACAAUUUCGUUUUUGGGCAGAACGGCGCCGGCAACAACUGGGCCAAGGGCCAUUACACCGAGGGGGCAGAGCUGAUAGACUCUGUUCUCGACGUUGUUCGCAAAGAGGCAGAGAACUGCGAUUGCUUGCAGGGGUUUCAGAUAUGCCACUCACUGGGAGGAGGAACCGGUUCGGGGAUGGGGACGCUGGUGAUAUCUAAGAUAAGGGAGGAGUACCCGGACCGGAUGAUGAUGACGUUCUCGGUGUUUCCGUCGCCGAAGGUGUCGGACACGGUGGUGGAGCCGUACAACGCCACCCUGUCGGUGCACCAGCUGGUGGAGAACGCCGACGAGUGCAUGGUGCUGGACAACGAGGCCCUCUACGACAUUUGCUUCCGCACUCUCAAGCUUACCAACCCCAGCUUUGGGGAUUUGAACCAUCUGAUAUCAACGACGAUGAGCGGCGUAACAUGCUGCCUCCGCUUCCCGGGGCAGCUGAACUCCGACCUCCGUAAACUCGCCGUCAACCUCAUCCCCUUCCCCCGCCUCCACUUCUUCAUGGUGGGGUUCGCCCCACUCACCUCCCGCGGCUCCCGCCUCUACCGCUCCCUCACCAUCCCGGAGCUCACCCAGCAGAUGUGGGACGCCAGAAACAUGAUGUGCGCCGCCGACCCCCGCCGCGGGCGCUACCUCACCGCCUCCGCGGUGUUCCGCGGCCGCGCCAUGAGCACCAAGGAGGUGGACCACCAGAUGAUCGCCGUCCAGAACAAGAACUCCUCCUACUUCGUGGAGUGGAUCCCAAACAAUGUGAAGUCGAGCGUGUGCGGCGUCCCCCCCACCGGCCUCCCCAUCUCCUCUACCUUCAUCGGCAAUUCCACGUCCAUCCAGGAGAUGUUCCGCCGGGUGUCGGAGCAGUUCACCGCCAUGUUCCGUCGCAAGGCCUUCCUCCACUGGUAUACCGGGGAGGGCAUGGACGAGAUGGAGUUCUCGGAGGCCGAGAGCAACAUGAACGACUUGGUGUCGGAGUACCAGCAGUACCAGGACGCCGCCGCCGACGGCGAUGCCGAGGAGGAAUCUGACGAGGACAACGAUUUGGAGAACUGAAUUUUUUUAAAUAAUUAAAUGGAGAUGGUGUGUUCGGGGUGGUCUGAACUUUAGACCGCACCGCAUGCAAAAAAAUUAUGUUUAUUGGGUGUUCUUUGUUCGUAUAUAUGUUGUGAAUUUUGGAUUUUGUCAUUUGAUUAUUUAUGUAGUUAUUAUUGGUGUGAAUUGUUUUGGGUGCUAUGCAAUGUUCAUAGAUAAUCCAUGAUUUGUUUAUUUGGAUUGCUAAGUUUACACUUUUCUUUGUUUA